AUGAACGCCAACAUUCCUAAUUGGCAACAGGCUAACAACCCUAUCAAUCCUAACAACCUUGGUAACGCUGUUCCUAACGUCGCAGCUCGUAAUGGCGGCUUCUUCUCCACCAACCUCCAAUAUGGCGUUUAUGGAGGCUUACCCGUCCAAAUGGGACCUUAUCGAUCGUAUGCUUUAGUUAUUCGUGAUUAUCUCACCGGUAACAUGUCAGUACCACCACCACCACCAACUCAUAGAGCAAUACCUAAUCAACCGAUGGCCACCCACCCGAAUUACACGAGUCUUGCUGCCGGUCCUCUUCUUCAAGGUACCUCUACUGGUCUUAGCCCUGCCGAUCAAUCCGCUAGAGCUAUGAGCCGUCUCGAUCUGGCUGCGGCUGAUCAUAGUCAAGGUCCUACAUGGUUUGAUGUAUCCAUGGACAUGAUAACCAUCUACAUCAAAGGCGAAAGCGGCGAAAUAGAAGGCCCCCCCUUCAACCUCCACAAAGCCUUCUUCACCCACCUCUCCCCCUACUUCGACGCCGUCUUCAACUCCGGCUUUGCGGAAUCCAGCACCCAAACGCUCCAUUUCGCCGAAUCUAACCGCGAGAUCUUUGCGUUGCUGGUCCAAUGGGUCUACGCCAAAGACCUAAAGACUAUUGCCACCUUCGAACUCGAGGAUCGGAAGAAUCUACCUGCCGGUGUUGGACUAAGCACUCUCCAGAGCGAUCAGCUAAAUGUCUAUGUCAAGAAGUCGCAAGAAUUAGCCUUUGAGCACACCACCAAGCUCAUCGACCUCUGGUUUCUCGCCGACAAGGUAUUGAUGCCCACACUACAAAACGCGGCCAUCCUCGCCAUCGAGUCCCUGCGUUUCUUCACUCCUUUACAAGGGGUUCCAGCCGAAAUCUCCCGAGCAGCGUAUGAUAAGACACCCAAGGGCUCGCCUCUUCGUAGAUAUCUUGCUGAUACUACUCUUCGUCGAUUGCAUCCCAAUUCGGAAGAUGAUGGCGAGGAUUUCCAUCCGGAUAUGUUAGUCGAUAUAUUCAAUCGGGUCAAAAUUGCUGGUGCUGAUGCUAGAUUACGUCAUUAUGGCUUGUCGGAGAGAGCUAUGGAGGCGUUUUUGGUUGAGGUUCAGGGGGGUGGCCACUUGAAGGCUAAUCCUAGUACUACUCCUCCUCUAGCUGAUGACGUUUGGGUUGGUUUGUGGGAGCUAAGAAGAGAUGCAUUGAAGUACUAG